CCCGGAUAUAAACCGUGUGCGGACACGCGUGAGACCCGACAUGCGGACGGUUCGUGGAGGACUCCCGGUGGUUCCGUGAUGAGUUCAAGAGGCUGAAAGCAGCGGAGUUGUUUUUAUUACGAUGAGACCCGUCUGUCCGACACCAGGACCCAGAACCGAACCCGAUUUGGAUCAAAGUUAACCCACGAAUGGCUGCAGUCAUGGAUGAGCAGGCGCUGCUGGGGCUGAACCCGAACGCUGACGCUCCCCACAGGCACAGGGCCUUGGCGUACUUCGAGCAGCUGAAGGAGUCUCAGGACGCCUGGGAGGUUUGUGCCAACGCCCUCGCUAACCAGAUGUACAGUGACGACCACGUCAAGUUCUUCUGCUUCCAGGUGUUGGAGCACCAGGUGAAGUUCAGGCACGGAGCUCUGAGUACAGCUCAGCAGCAGCUCAUCAGAGAGACGCUGAUGAAGUGGCUGCAGUGUCAGCUCAUGAACGCUCAGCCGGAGAAGACGUUCAUCAGGAACAAGGCGGCGCAGGUGUUCGCCCUCACCUUCGUCAUGGAGUACCUGACUGCGUGGCCCGAGUUCUUCUUCGACGUCCUGUCCCUGGUGGGCCUGAACCCGCACGGCGUGGACGUCUACCUGAGGACGCUGAUGGCCAUCGACGGAGAGGUGGUGGACAGAGACAUCCUACACACGCCUGAGGAGACGCGCAGGAACAUCCUGAUCAAAGACACCAUGAGGGAGCAGUGCAUCCCCAGUCUGGUGGAGUCCUGGUUCCAGAUCCUGACGGCCUACCAGCGGUCCCACCCGGAGCUCACCUGCCAGUGUCUGGAGGUGGUGGGGGCCUACGUGUCCUGGAUCGACCUGAACCUCAUCGCCAACGAGCGCUUUGUGAACGUCCUGCUGGGCCAGAUGUCCGUGGAGGAGCUCCGGGAGGAGGCCUGCGACUGCCUCUUCGAGAUCAUCAACAAGGGCAUGGACCCCGUGGACAAGACCAAGCUGGUGGAGUCCCUGUGCCGGGUGCUGCAGGCCGCCAGCUUCUUCAACGUGGAGCAGGAGGAGGACGUGGACUUCCUGGCCAAGUUCUCUCGGCUGGUGAACGGGAUGGGUCAGAGCCUGGUCCUGAGCUGGACCAAGCUCCUGAAGGGAGGACAGGUGAAGGAGGCGGAGGAGACGCUGCAGGCCGUGGAGGCCAAGGUGCCACUGCUGCUGCAGCUGCUGGUCCACGAGGACGACGACAUCUCCUCCAACAUCGUGGCCUUCUGCUACGACUACCUGCACGUCCUCAAACAGCUUCCUGAGCUGACGGAGCUGCAGAAGACCAAUGUGGAGGCCGUCCUGCUCGCCGUCAUGAAGAAACUCACGUACGACGACGAAUACAACUUCGACAACGAGGGCGAGGACGAGGCCAUGUUCGUGGAGUACAGGAAGCAGCUGAAGAUGCUGUUGGACCGCCUGGCCCAAGUGUCCCCGGAGCUGCUCCUGGAGGCCGUCUGCAGAGUCUUCUCCAGCACCAUGCAGGCGUGGCAGACGGCGCCCUUCAUGGAGGUGGAGGUGGCCAUCCGGCUGCUCUACAUGCUCGGGGAGGCGCUGCCGGCGUCUCACGGCGCUCACUUCUCCGGAGACGCGGCGAAGACGUGCGCCCUGCAGGACAUGAUGAGGACGCUCGUGUCCUGCGGCGUCAGCAACUACCAGCACCCGUCCGUGUCCCUGGAGUUCUUCGAGACCGUGGUCCGGUACGACAAGUUCUUCAUGGUGGAGCCGCAGCACAUCCCCAACGUUCUGAUGGCGUUCCUGGACCACAGAGGACUGAGACACAGCAGCCCCAAGGUCCGGAGCCGGGUGGCGUACCUGUUCUCCAGGUUCAUCAAGACCCUGCACAAACACAUGACGGCCUUCAUCGAGGACGUCCUGACCCGGAUCCAGGACCUGCUGGAGCUCACUCCUCCAGAGAACGGCCUCCUGGCGCUGCUGACCAGUGACGACCAGCUCUUCAUGUUCGAGGCGGCUGGAGUUCUGAUCGUGAGCGGGGAGAGUCCGCUGGAGCGGAAGCAGACGUUGAUGAGGAGCCUCCUGGCGCCGCUGAUGGACGCCUUCCGCCUGCUCCUCGCCAAACUGCUGCAGGAGACGGAGGAGGAGCGGCAGGCCGCGCUCGCAGACUGUCUGAGCCACGCCGUGGGCUUCGCCAGCCGGACCAGCAAGGCGUUCAGCAACAAGCAGACGGUGAAGCAGUGCGGCUGCACCGACGUCUACCGGGACUGUCUGCAGAACUUCCUGCCGGCGCUGAGCUGCCCCGUCCAGCGGGGGGCGCUGCGCAGCGCCGUGCGCUCCUUCCUGCACCGGAUGAUCAUCUGCCUGGAGGAGGAGGUUCUGCCCUUCGUCCCCGCCGCCUCGGAGCACAUGCUGAAGGACUGCGAGGCCAAAGACCUGCAGGAGUUCAUCCCCCUCAUCAGCCAGAUCACCGCCAAGUUCAAGCGGCAGGUCUCCCCUUUCUUGCAGCAGAUCUUCAUGCCGCUGGUCCUGGCCAUCUUCGAGGUUCUGGCUCGGCCCGCUGAGGACAACGACCAGACGGCGGCGCUGGAGAAGCAGAUGCUGCGGAGGAGCUACUUCAGCUUCAUCCAGGCCGUCGCAGGGAGCGGCAUGAACGAGGUGCUGGCCAACCAGGGAGCGGAGAACAUCGAGCGGGUUCUGUUCACCAUCAUCCAGGGCGCCGUGGACUUCCCUGACCCGGUCGCUCAGAAGACCUGCUUCAUCAUCCUGUCGAAGCUGGUGGAGCUGUGGGGAGGCAAAGACGGCAUGGUGGGCUUCCCCGACUUCAUCUACAAACACAUCGUCCCGGCCUGCUUCCUGGCUCCGCUCAAACCGACCUUUGACCUCUCGGACGCUCAGACGGUCCUGACGCUGUCAGAAUGUGCGCUGACGCUGAAAAUGAUUCAUCUCAAACGGGGCCCAGAGUUGGUCCAGUUCCUGCAGCAGGAGUACCUGCCGUCUCUGCAGGUGACUCCUGAGAUCUCACAGGAACUGUGUCAGGUUCUGGAGCAGCCCGACGUUAAAGUCCUGAAAACGUACAUGAAGGUGUUUUUUCAGAGAGCAAAGCUUUGAAACUGGACCUCCUUCAGAACCAAAGCAGGAAGUGGAACCCCCUCGCCGCUCAGCUGAUAGAACUCUGCGCAGAGACACUUAAAGAAGUAAACGAGUUAUGGAGGAGGA